UUGCGUGUGGACGUGCGACGUUCUUCUCUCGCGUCAGUGUUUUCCUAUCUUCUCGGCAAUAGUUGGAUCAACCACUGCGCGCGUGAAAGAAAAUACCAUCAAGUGUCAUAGCCAAUGAUAAAGAUAAUUGUGUUGAUUACGUUGCUUAUUUUAUACACAUCAUGUUUUGCCAAGAAAAAUUAUACGGAAUAGUGUGAAAAAGAAUAAGAGCAUUUGUAUUCACAAUCUGAAAUUACGUGCUGAUUAAUAUGUAACUCAUCCGUAUUUUCUAAGUAAUCUCAACUAUGAUUCGUACAGAAUCAGACACAGAUAAUAUAUCAAUUAAUACUUUUCUGGAAUACUGAUUUAUUUUGGAGAUGUUCAGCAGUGAAAUAUCUUCCGCUAAUAAUUCUUCGCGUGCAACUUUAUAUAGUGACCUCCAUUAUCAUGAAGAAACAGAAAUACUUUCAGUCGCAAAUUACUCGGAAGGCUAUUCGACUUUUGUUCGAUGUCUUAUGUCAGAGGCUGGCCGUUUAAAUCUGACAGUAGAUGACGGCUUCUGGCUGCCCAUCAUCUACCAAACUUUCCUACCGCACGCCUAUAAUAUAAGCACGGUCACAGAGGCUCCGGCAAACGGUUCUCUGACCUCGAGCCAUGUCCAGUCCUUGCCCAGUGGGCCACUUUGGGACUCCGAGGAAUACGACCUUUCAGUGGACAUUGUGCGAGGCAUCGUUGCGAGGUGCUUCUCCUUGACCUCCAUAUUGUCCACGCCCCGCCCGUACCUGCUGGUGUGGUGGCAACAAUUGCUCUGGACGCUCGUAUUCGGGGGCAUGAUGACCAUGGCGGUUGGAGGCAACGUACUCGUCAUGUGGAUAGUCUGCGCCCAUCGCCGCAUGCGCACCGUAACCAACUACUUCCUCAUGAAUCUGAGCAUAGCGGACCUCUUCAUGUCGGUCCUAAACUGUAUGUUCAACUUCAUUUACAUGCUACAUAGGGGGGUUUGGGGCAGGAUCCACGUGCAACCCCUCGCAGCUGCAGCAUUUGAUGCUCUCCUUGCAUUUGGCGAGGAAGUGGCCUUCGCCACCGCAACGGAAGUAUGCCUGUGUUUGGUGUGUUCAAACCUGUAG